AUGGAGAAACUGCUACCCCUAGAACACAACAACAACCCAGUAGGUACCGUACCGUCAACGCCCACCGCCGCGGCCGAUAAAACAACCAUAUCCGUCCGCUGCCCGAGCUACCCGAACGAGUCCUUCACAGUGGAGGAGGCGCUGGACAGCACCAUAUCACAGCUCAAACACGCCCUUGUUGCCGUCGUUCCCGGCUGUCCGUCCGUGGAAGAGAUGAGGCUGAUUCAUGCGGGGAAGCUGUUGGCGGACGAGUCGUCGGUGCGCAUGGCGUUGAAGGCUGAUACCGGUGCGGCUGGGCCUCAUAUUGUUCACUUGGUGCUCAAGACGGCGCCGCUGCAAUCUUCCCAACCGACGAAUAUCUCAUCACCGACGGAAGGACUGCGACUCCGCCGCCCAGCGCAUCUCGAUACUUCUGUUGACAGCAGUACGCAGGCGGCUAAUGUGCCUGUACCAGAAGACCAGCCGCCAAUAGCUUUGGCAACGAGCCCUAUGGGGCAACCCUUCAAUGUCCCCAACCACCAUGCAUAUCCCAUGUAUCCCGGAGCUUCCCCUUUCCAAAUCGUCAUGAUUAAUGGCCUCCCCUAUGCCAUGCAUACCCCCAUGGACCACUUCCCACCCCACCACCUCCUACCCGACCCAAACAACAACCUCUACGGGCCGACUCCCACCAUCGCAUCACCGCUAUCCGUCGCGCCACCAUCAACAGCAACACCACCAGCAACCCCACCCGAAGCAGCAGCACCCGCCCCCGCCGUUGUCCCCCCACCCGCCCCCGCCCCCGCCCCCCCAGCAGCAGCCCUAGCCCCAAUCGACCCCGAAUUCCGCGACUUUCCCCAAAACGAAGCCCCGCAAAAUCCCUACUGGCUCCUCUUCAAACUCACUUUCCUCGUCUACGUCUUUUCCCACAACACAUCCCUCACGCGCAUCAUUACGCUCAACCUUGUUGCGUUGGCCGUGUUUAUGAUUCAGAUGGAGAGGAGGGCGAGGGCUGUCCGGGCGGCUGCGAAUGGGGGGAGAAUCAAUGGGGUGGUGGCGCCGCCCGCGGCGGCGGCGGUUGUGCCGAACGGCGAGAACCAGCCCCCGGCGGCGACGACGGAGGGGAGUGUGGCGACGGAAGCAGCUGUUCCUGCCGAGUCGGGGUUUGUGGCGUCGCUGCAGAGAGCAAAGUUGGUCGCGACGUUGUUUUUCACGUCGUUGGUGCCUGAUCACCAUGACUGA